UAGAGAAAUGAGAUGUCCUUCAACAUGGCUCGCUGAAAUCAAUUUCCGGGUCACUACCGGAGGACAGAGGAGUCGAGGAGGGGAAAUUAGAGAAUUAAGAAGCCUUCCAUGUCGAAUCGGAGGCGGAAGGUGUCGGCACGGCCGAAAAGACACGACGGUGCGGGACACACCAAUCUGAGUAGGGCGACACGACGCUCAUCGACGGCCAGACAUCUAUCGACAGCCGAAAUCGGCCCGGUGUGUAGCGGCCUUUAGUCUCAGUCAGGACCACAGUUUUUGCCACAAUAAGUGAAAUUCUACUAUAGUAAUUACGGCUAGCUCAGUACAACCAAACAGCAGCCAACUGUUCAUUCAAUAGACAAAUUGUUGAUUAUUCGGGCAAUCAAUCAGGUAACACACACCUCGAAUUACAAUCAAUCUGGUCUAAACCAUAACGUUUGUAUUUUCUUUUAGAGUCUACUGGCUCUCUUACGCUAUACUUCAAGCGCCCAAGAGGAGACUGAGAUGGCAGCAGCUGAACUGUGGAUUUGGGAAAGGAACAUCUAAUUUUUAGGUAAAUCCAAGUACAAACAAUUGUACGCUUAUGCUCUUGCUAUGAAUGUACAAUAUCCAGGUUAUUUUAUACUCAGGAGCUUUUGGGGGAAAAUGUAUAGAAAAUAACACACUUUUUCCAUUUCUCUUUUCACAUACUGCGUUUAGGUGACAGCAAUGCUUUGAGCUAAAUGCAAGCUACCUACUUUUCAAUUUUGUUUUGAGUUGGACAGUGAAAUACUGCCAUUAUUAACAUGAUCAAAAUCACACAUGACACCUGAACAAGAAUCCAUUAAACAUUUAAGAAAUUAUUAAGAUUAAAUAUUUCGUGGUGGCCUGACCAUAGAGAUGGACAUUUUCCAACUCCCUCAUAUACCGUGUUUUGCUUUUCAAACCUCAAUUGGAGUGUAUAUUCAGUUUGUACACAUUGGAAAACGAUUAGGGUCGUUUGCCAUCGGCAGUAGACAAGGGCUUUUCUGUUUUUGUGAUAAGAUCAACGGUGUGGAGGUAUCAGUCUUCAUCGUUAGCGGUCGUCAUCGUUAGCGGGGUUAGAAAAAGUGUGCAAUCGAGUGUCAUGUUUCCAUCAUUACCAAUGGGAGCAUGAGCCGAUACAUAUCCGUGAGUCAUGCUAGUCAGUUGUCCCGGGAAUAAAUGCAGAUGAUAUAUCCAAAGACAAAAGCCAGAUGUUAGCUGGUCUUUUUGUCACUCAUGUCCGUGGAAAUGAUUUUUUGAAACCAAUUAUUGUGCUGUUUUAAUACCAUACUGAUCAAGCUUCCGUAUCAGGUUACAUAAAGACUACCUGGUGUCCAGAUGUAACAGCAGUGAAUACAACGAAUUCCAAGAGAAGCUGGCACAAAAGGACACUGCAAAGGAUCCGCUGUGAUAUGGACACAUGUGGAGACAGACAGCUUGUCACAAACUCAACAACCUGGCUCUCAACACCAAGAAGACGAAAGAGGUCAUUGUGGACUUCAGAAGGAACAAAGACGGCACGCACUCCCCAGUCCAUCUUAGUGGAGAAGAGGUUGAGCGGGUCACCAGCUUCAAGUUCCUGGGAGUCCACAUCUCGGAGGACCUCUCCUGGACCACCAACACCUCAGCCCUAGUCAAGAAGGCUCACAAGCGCAUCUUCUUCCUGAGGAAACUGGCAAAACUCCGCCUAUCCUCCCAGGUGCUAAUGAACUUAUACCGUUGCACCAUCGAGAGCAUCCUCUCCACCUGCAUAUCAGUAUGGUACGGUAACUGCACGGUCAAGGACAAGAAAUCACUGCAGAGGGUGGUGAAGAUAGCACAACGCAUCAUCAAGAUGCCACUCCCCUCCAUAGCCUCAGUCUAUGAAAAGCGGUGCCUGCGAAGUGCACGAAACAUCAUCAGAGACUCUUCCCACCCAAACCAUACACUGUUUGUCCCCCUACGUGGCACCCGCUCUGGGACACGCUACCGCAGCCUCCCGGGUAGAACAAACAGGACUACGCACAGCUUCUUCCCUUCAGCAGUCAGACUGCUGACAAUGAACCCUACGCUGUCCCAUACUGCCUAGUUGUUGUCGUGUGCUGAAGCGCAAUUCUGUAUUCACUGUAUUUAUUAUUAUCUGUGUAUUUAUUCCUAUUUAUACAUUUCCCAUCUAUUUACCUUUAUUUUUGUAUCAUUUAUUUUGUACAUACUUCUGAUAAUUGUGUAUGUAACUGACUGUUUUGCACUCUG